AUGGCGCUGCUAAGCGAUACAGUCGACCGUGCUAUGGCCGAAGAUCCUGGUGAAAAUGAGCUCCAGAAUACCUUGCCAGAUGACGAACGCUUGCGAGAUGGAGGUGUCUACGAGGGUGCUACUCCACUUCCAAUUGUUGAGCUCCAAGCCUUCUUCCGAGGAAAGACCAAGAAGCGCUGGAGCUACAUGCACACGAACGCCAUGGCCAUAGCGUUCAUGCUCGAUCCAACCACUGAUCUCGAUGACCUAAUCGGAUCUGACAGUAGAAAUGUUGACAGCCAAGUUCGCGAAAUGUCGAAACGGUGUGGGCUAACAUCAAUCACUAAUGAUCCAAAGCUGACAGCCGAAAUCCUCGAUUCAAAUGCGAAAAACGAAACGGAGGAGAAGCACUCCGUCAAAUCUACGCUGAAUCAAGCCCGCGUGACUACUGGAAUGCAAUGA